UGACGUACUGUACGUCAGUCUGCGGCUGUGGAUCAGCUGACGACUGUGAGGCUUGUAGAGGACAAAAGUGCUACAAGCUGCAGCACAGAAUAACGAGCUGUUUUAUUAUUUAUAUUCGGUCUUUUCACCAGGACAAUGUUUCACUAAAGCUCUAUAAAGUCUGCAAGAGAACAUGUCAGGAAACAGUCUGGUGUUACCCAUAGUGCUGUGGGGCCGCACCGCUCCCACACACUGCAUCUCCAGCCUGCUGGUGAUGGACGACCUGGCCACCAUCAUUAGCGGCUGCCAUGACGGUCAGAUCUGCAUCUGGGACUUGACCCCUGACCUUGAGAUCAACCCGCGCGCUCUGCUGUUUGGACACAGCACCUCCGUCACCUGUCUGUCCAAGGCCAGUGCCAGCAGCGACAAACAGUACAUGGUCAGCGCAUCAGAGAGCGGGGAGAUGUGUCUGUGGGAUGUGAGUGAUGGGCGCUGUAUUGAGUUCACUAAGCUGGCCUGUGCUCACACAGGCAUACAGUUUUACCAGUUCACCAUCGGGACCCAGCGUGAGGGUCGUCUGCUGUGUCACGGCCACUACCCAGAGAUCCUCGUGGUGGACGCCACCAGCCUGGAGGUCCUUUACUCCCUGGUGUCCAAAAUCUCUCCUGACUGGAUCAGCUCCAUGAGCAUCAUUCGCUCCCAUCGCACCCAGGAAGACACAGUGGUGGCUGUCUCUGUGACCGGGAUUCUGAAGGUGUGGAUCAUCACGGCAGACGUGAGCCGAAUGCAGGACCUGGACCCUGUAUUUGAAGAGGAGUCCAAGCCGAUCUACUGCCAGAAUUGUCAGAGUAUUUCAUUCUGCACCUUCACACAGCUGUCUCUGCUCGUCGUCUGCUCUAAAUACUGGAGGGUAUUCGACGCUGGAGAUUUCUCGCUCCUGUGCUCCGUGCCCAGCGAGAACGAGCAGUCGUGGACCGGAGGAGAGUUCAUCGCCGCUGAUAAAGUUAUAAUCUGGACCGAGGACGGCUGCAGCUACAUCUACAAGCUUCCAGCCAGCUGUCUUCCAGCUAGUGAACACUUCCGCAGUGAUGUGGGGAAAACAACAGAAGGUUCCAUUCCUCCUCUGGUGUACAGCAUUGCGGAUCGAGCAGACAAACAGCUGGAGGAGGAGUGUGAGGGCCAGUGUGUUAUUGUGUGUAUCCCCGACAGCGUAUCCGGUCCGGAGCUCUACACUCCUGAGCUGCUGUACCUCCAGCGGCCUCUAGAGGCACCAUUACUGAUCUGUCCUCCUGUGACGCGGUUCUUUUACGGACGCAGAGAGCCGUUCCACAAGCUGCUGGUUCAGGGCGACUCAGCAGGCAGGUUGACCAUGUGGAGCAUCCCGGACACUUCACCGCUGCAGCCGCUGUCUUCAGCCGCAGAACUGCAGGUUUCCUCCACUAUUAGCCUUCAGGAGGCGUUCGAUAAGCUCACUCCGCUCCCCGCGGGCAUCAUCGACCAGCUGAGCAUGCUGCCAGGCUCCGAGGAACCGAUAAAGGUGACGGCGAGCGUGUACAUCCCGUCACAGGGCCGCCUGGUGUGUGGCAGGGAAGAUGGCAGCAUCGUCCUGGUGCCCGCCACACAGACCGCCAUCGUCCAGCUGCUACAGGGAGAACACAUGCUGCGCAGAGGCUGGCCUCCUCACCGCACCCUGAGAGGACACAGGAAUAAGGUGACGUGUCUGCUGUACCCUCACCAGGUGUCCCCACGUUAUGACCAGCGCUCUCUGGUCUCGGGCGGUGUGGAUUUCUCCGUCAUCGUGUGGGACAUUUUCACCGGAGAGAUGAAACACAUCUUCUGCGUACACGGAGGAGAGAUCACCCAGCUCCUCGUCCCACCCGAGAACUGCAGCACCCGGGUUCAGCACUGCGUGUGCUCCGUAGCGAGCGAUCACUCGGUGGGAUUGUUGAGUCUCCGGGAGAGAAAGUGCAUCAUGCUGGCGUCGCGCCACCUCUUCCCCAUCCAGGUUAUAAAAUGGCGCCCGUGUGACGAUUACCUGGUGGUGGGCUGCUCCGACGGCUCCGUAUACGUCUGGCAGAUGGACACAGGUGCAUUAGACCGGUGUGUGAUGGGUAUAACAGCAGUAGAGAUAUUAAACGCGUGUGACGAGGCUGUUCCUGCGUCUGUAGAUGGUUUAAAUCAUUCGGCGGUGAAUCUGAAGCAGGCCAUGACACGUCGCAGCCUGGCAGCCCUCAAGAACAUGGCACAACACAAACUCCACACACUCGCCACCAACCUGCUCGCUGCAGACAACGCAGACAAGGGAAACUUGCCUAAAUAUUCCCACAAUGCACUGGUGGUGCAGGCCAUGAAGACCAACAUGACCGACCCGGACAUGCACGUCCUGUUCUUCGACGUCGAAGCCGUGAUCAUCCAGCUGCUGACCGAGGAGGCGCAGCGUCCCAAUCCCAUGCUCGUGUCCCCUGAAACACUGCAGAAAACCCCAGGGGGCGCCGACAAGGGCGGAUCGUUCCUGGCCAAUAAGAUCUUCAAGCAGGUGAAAGAGACCAUCAAAGAGAACAUCAAGGAGCACCUGCUGGACGAGGACGAGGACGAGGAGGAGGAAGCUCGCCGGCGUGAGGAGAAGUCCAAAUCCCUCAGCCUGCUGGAGUACAACCUGACCAUGGACACGGCCAAGCUCUUCAUGUCCUGCCUUCACGCGUGGGGUCUGAACAGCAUGCUGGACGAGGUGUGCGUGAGCCGACUGGGCAUGCUCAGACCGCACACGCCCAUCUCCUUCGGCCUGAUCUCGCGCGGAGGCCACAUGUCCCUCAUGCUGCCCACCUUCAAGGACUCCUUACUGAGGCAGCUGGUGAGGGCCGUCGGCCCCGAGGGCAGGAAGCUCUCCGUUUCCGAGGUGGUGGGCAAGGGCACGUACGGCGUGUCGCGUGCCGUCACGACUCAGCACCUGCUGUCUGUCAUCUCGCUGGCUAACACGCUCAUGAGCAUGACCAACGCCACGUUCGUAGGAGAGCACAUGAAGAAAGCUCCGGCCAGGCCUCCAAGACCCGGUGCCCCAGAGAGCCCCAAAAAGACGCCCCCCCAGGUCUCCACCCCGGCAAUGCAGUCCCAGAUCAAACAAGCUGCUGCCGCCGCUUCCACCUCCGCUCUCGCACCCGGCACAGGGGCACCUCACACCGCCUCCACCUUUCAUUCCUCUCCCUCCGUAAAUGAAGGUUGGAGUCAGCUGGCUGCGAUGCAUUGUGUGAUGCUGCCCGACCUGCUGGGGCUCGAUAAGUUUAGACCCCCACUACUGGAGAUGCUCGCACGCAGGUGGCAGGAUCGCUGCUUGGAGGUAAGGGAAGCGGCCCAGGCUCUCCUGUUAGCAGAGCUGCGCAGGAUCGGUCAAUCCGGCAGGAAGGACACUAUCGACCUGUGGGCUCCUUACCUGCCUCAGUAUGUGGAUGCUGUCAGCUCACCCGGAGUCGCUCCAGAGACAGCUCAGCCGACUCCUCCCACAUCUGAAGCCCCGCCCACUGAACCCAAAGCUCCAGAGGAAGAAAUGGACGUCACCGACGAUGACAUCACUGCGGGUAGGAGGCGUUUCUCUUGUACUGUAAUAACGCUGGAAGACAUUAUUUUGCUAAUUGCGCAUAUUAAUUAGUUCAUAAUAAGGCAA